AUGGACCAGGAUGACGAAGAAAAUCAGGUUUCAAGCUCGCGAUCGCACCCUUCCGGAUCUACUCUCCUCCCCGGCCCCAUUGCAAACGUCGUAAGCUUAGUUACGAGAUCCUCCUCCCUCUAUCUUCAGCUCGGCACAUUCAUCGGCGGCUUAGCAAUAGAUGGAGCUCGAUAUACGACCCUCACCGGCCUCGAAGUGUCCCGCGCAGUUCUCGAAUCAAUUCUAUAUCGAGCAGGCAAAGAUAUAUCUACAAGGAGCACAGGGGAUCUGGGUAGAGAGGAGGCUGAAGGAUUACUGGAGAAGAGUAUUUCCGCCCUCCAUAAAACAAUCACUAGCAUAUCAUUCGCGGCAUCGACGGGCUUCUAUAUAUCUGCUGCUGCGUUAGAGAGUGCGACGGAUCUUUCUAAGCAGCUUUUAGCGACUCUAGACUCAAUUCUAGGCUCAACUGAUUCUUCGCGGGCGAUUGCUAGCAUCAUCACCCUUAUCCGGCGAGAAUUCCAGAAUCCGGCAACGGGUCAAGAAGGAGAGCAGGUUAGCGUAGCAGAUCUUUUAUUGGGGAUUUGCAGCCUAGCUUUGCUCCAGAGGUGGUGUAGAAAGAUCACCGACUCUGAAAUUAUGGACAGAAAAUGUGAGGAGAUAAUGUGGGAUGUGGUUGUUUUGGAUAAUGGGAAAAGGGCAGACGUGGUUGAUGAAAGGCCAAAUUCCCAGAGUGGAUUGCCAAAGCGGAGAUCGUUGUCAUUCAUGACUACUGGUGGGAACGAUGUGAUAGAGACCAUUGAGAGGGAGGGCCGUGCGGAAGAGGACUCUGAUGAGGAUAUAUCCGAAAUCAGUCUCAAGCAGAGGAUUAUGCGGUCCUUGCCAUCGCAUGCCUCAGUUUCUAUUACGACAUCGACCACGACUACGAAGACGAUCACGGUUGAGGUGACGGGCGCUCAACCUCCAGAUCUGUCACCGCCUGCAGGAGUUGAGAUCAUUGAGGAAAAUGCGUAUCCCUCCAGCGUGGUUGAUCUCCAUGGCGAAGUAGUUACCAACGACCAGGCAAUGGGUGUAGUCCCAAGAUACAGAGUCGUAUAUCGAAUCAUCCGAAAUAAGUUGCGAGGAACCAACAUCGAAAGUAACGGUACUGUUAGCAAUACAGACGAGGCUUUUGCUCGCCACGAAGAAAUUAAGGAUGCUCCUGAUCCUCCAAAAAUACAAGCCAGUCCAGGAUUUAUCACGUCUCCCGGUCUAUCUGAUACGGAAGAGCCUCCAGUGCUGCCAGCCAGGCCUACCCGACUAACUAACACAGCGAGCAGAAGCUCAAAUCUCCCUACACCUCGAUCAGUUGGAUCAGAAGACGAAAGACCUAACGAAUUCUCCGCAUUUCCCAUUGCUAAAGAAAAUACAACCAGCCAAAAACCACGGAAAGCUAGGAGUGCGGCUUCGUCUAUGAGCGGAUCUGAUAAUCCUCCAUCUCGAAAACAAUCAGGAGUCAGGCCCCAUGCAGGAAAGAAGCUGAAAUUGGAUAGGCCCCCGACGAAGUCUACCACUGAGAAGAAAGGUUCGUUUCGCAAUCCGCUCAAAAAGGGAACCGGAACCACACUUUCCAAUCUUUGGACCAAGGAUGUCGCUCAUGAAGCCACAACCCAAAGCAAGUCAACGCAACAGCGUCCCCCAUGGGGGGCUCCCACUGCUGCAUCUGCCGCCAAAUCCCAGCACCCAGUCCCGCAACGGAAUUCCAGCAUUAUUCCAGCACGUGAUGUACCACAGGCUCCGCCGCGAGGCAACCCCAAUUAUUUCUCUUCUCGAGAUCUUGGUCUCAUGCAAGGGUCUGAUAUCCUGCGAAGUCCUUCCCGGACGAGUUACUAUUCAAUACACGAGCGGCGAAGGGACUCAGUGGUUUCGCAGACUGAUACGUAUUCAAUUCACUCAGCUGAAACCCGCCCUGGGUCACCAACACUAUUCAAGACAAAUCUCAAAGCACAGAGCAGUCUGCUAAUUGCUAGAUCUGAGAAGAAUAAUAUAAAACAACCGUCGUCAUCGGAAAGGACUCACCGAAGGAACAAAUCUCAUGCUUCCAGCAUCUACACAUUGAAAGCUAACAACUCUGCAACUUCUCUUGUGCUCGCAUCCCAACCCGGGAGGAGCUUAUUUGCUGACUCUGAGAUACUAGAAAGCUUAAUGCGAACAGGACACGUCGCUGGUAUCUUCCCACAACACCAUAUCGUACGGAACAUAACGAGGUUUGUGCGCUUUGCAUCCGCAUCCUACGGUGCCAGCUUCCUGCGGGUGAUGGGAAUUGCAACCUCUUCAAGUAGCACGACGAAAGAAAUUGAUACUACACAUCACCACGAACACCACUCAUUCUCUAAUCAUACCCAGCUACCCGCAGACACUAUCCUUCUCUCUUCUUUCGUUGAUCCGGAAGGCGGUACAGAUUCCACUGGGCGUACAGGGACCGGCGUGCCUAUGGUACACUUCGUGUCACUCGAUCAUGAUUCCAGAGCAGUAGUGCUUACCUGCCGUGGGACUUUAGGGUUUGAGGAUGUUCUCACAGACAUGACUUGCGAUUAUGACGAGCUCAUAUAUCGUGGGAAGGCGUAUAAAGUCCACAUGGGAAUCUACGCCUCCGCCCGCAGACUUCUAUCGUCUCGGGUUUUGGCCACCAUCAAGGCUGCCCUGGAGGAGUUUCCAGACUAUGGCCUAGUGCUGUGUGGACAUUCUCUUGGUGGGGGUGUUACUGCUUUAUUGGCCAUCAUGAUCUCCGAACCAUCGCCAACCGGCACAUCCUUCCUCACCACCUCCUAUGAAGAAUCUCGAUUGCCCCUUGCUGCUUGUGAACCACAAUCUAGCACAGCAUCGGAGCAGCUGUUGAGAUUGCCAUCCGGAAGGCCAAUCCACGUUUAUGCCUACGGUCCACCUGCUACCAUCUCCCCGUCUCUUCGUCUCGCAACGCGUGGUCUAGUAACGACCAUCGUGAACGGCCAAGAUCUCGUGCCACACCUCUCGCUUGGCACGCUUCAUGAUCUCCAAGCUGCAGCACUAGCGUUCAAGACUGAUGAUUCAGGCGCGAAAGGGGAGGUUAGGCGGAGGGUGUGGGAAGGUCUUCGUGGGAAAUUCCAAGAUAAAUGGUAUCAAAACGGAGUUGGCGGUACUACGCAGAAGGGAGAUGACGACCAGUGGGCAUACUCUACUCUUAAAGCACUCCGUGCCUCCAUGCUGUCUGCCAAGUUACUGCCACCGGGGGAAGUGUUCGUCGUUGAAUCCAUGCCCGUGUUGAGGAGAGACGCUUUCGCGAAAGACUCAGAGGAAAAUAAAAUCGCUGCAGCAGGCGGAGGUGGUUUGGGCAGGCCAGCAACAAGAAGCAUACUGCGCUACGUGCGCGAUGUGGAGAGACGCUUUAGUGAACUAAGAUUUGGAGGCAGUAUGCUGUUAGAUCACAGUCCCGGGCGCCUCGGCUCCCAGAGUCCCAGCGCGAGAGCUGUCCAGGGCCUCGAUCAAACCAUCUCGAGAAAUUAUUUACGCAUGAAUCUCACCCGACUGUCCAAAUAUAAGACAUUAGACCUGCGCGCGUCUCCCUCCAGUCUUCCUCAACUCGUUGCCAUCCUCACAUCAAGACGCUUCGAAGUGCCGUCGUCACCACUCGCUGCCGUAUUCCCACGAUACUUCCCCGCGCAGAAACACCAUUCCCCACAGCGUCACUACUCGACUUCUUCCCAAAUCAUGGCAGACCGUCCAACACUCGUCAAGCCUCCUCCUCUUGAUCCCUCAAAAUCCGCUAUCGAAAAUGUGUUGGAGUUGACCGAAUUAAGUGCCAUCAGCCCCGACAUGUUCACGAAUACCCGGCCCCUCUGGCACCCUCCGGGGGCUCGUGGGAUCUAUGGUGGUGCCGUGAUUGCCCAAUGCCUCGCGGCAGCCCAGCGAACCGUCCCCUCGAACUUCACAGUCCACAGCAUGCACUGCUACUUCGUGCUGGCGGGCGAUAGCGAGAUACCAGUCAUGUACUAUGUGGAACACGUCCGAGAAGGCAAGUCAUUUGCAACUCGAACGGUGCAGGCGAGACAGCGAGGGAAAUGCAUAUUCACAACGACGAUGUCAUUCGUGCGCGAGAAUUCGGGAGGGGCGAAGACGGUCUCACAUGCCGUUCCGUUGCCGGAUGGCGUGAAGCCCCCGGAGAAUAACAGCGAGGCCGAUGAGGUUGAGAAAGCCAUGAACGGGGGGAGCCCGUUCGUGAGCUAUCAUCUCGGGAUCUUGAAUGCGGAAAGCAAAAAUCCCCACGAGAAGAAGACUCGACAGUGGGUGAAAGUUCGCGGGAAGAUAAGUCCCGCAGGAGGCCACCAGGCACAUCUAAGUGCCCUAGCAUAUAUGUCGGAUAGCUAUUUCAUUGGGACAGUAUCUCGGAUCCACAACUUGGCGCGGGUCGGUUUGUCGAGUAAGGUGAAGAACAAAGGGGAGGAUGGCACAGUAGAUAUAAAUGUAUUGAAGGAGAGAGAAGCGUUUGGACCAGAUUUGGAUGACGGGAAGGUGAAAGCGGAGAUUGGCAUGAUGGUUAGUUUAGAUCAUACUAUCUAUUUUCAUGAACCCAGGAGGUUUCGGGCUGAUGAAUGGACAUUCAUCGAGAUGUCGAGUCCAUGGAGCGGAGAUGGGAGAGGAGUUGUCACGCAACAUAUGUUCGCCAAGGAUGGCACGUUGAUUGCGACCUGUUUCCAAGAGGGAGUCGUGAGGUUGAAGCAGGAACAGCCCGUCCAGCCAAAGCUGUGA